GUUUCGCGCGGCAGUCGUAUGCAAGUAUGUCGAGCGUGCCGCAAAUGUCCAGCGGGCUCAGCAAGCUGAAGAAGAAACACUUUCGGGUGAAGCACCAAAAGGUUAAACUGUUCCGUGCGAACGAGCCAUUGCUCAGUGUGUUUAUGUGGGGUGUUAAUCACACGAUAAACGAACUUAGUCACGUUAACAUUCCAGUAAUGCUCUUGCCAGAUGAUUUUAGAGCUUACAGCAAGCUAAAAGUGGAUAAUCAUCUCUUCAACAAAGAAAAUAUGCCCUCCCACUUCAAAAUCAAAGAAUAUUGUCCGUUAGUCUUUAGAAACUUGCGAGAGAGAUUCGGAAUAGACGACUUGGAUUACAAGGAAUCGAUGACAAGAUCGCAACCGAUACUUGAUGAUUCAUCCGGAAAAAGUGGUGCAAAGUUUUACCAGUCUUAUGAUAAGCUGUUCAUAAUUAAGACUCUUACAAGCGAGGAAGUAGAGAGGAUGCAUUCGUUCUUGAAACAUUAUCAUCCUUACAUCGUUGAGCGGCAUGGAAAGACACUGUUGCCACAAUAUCUAGGCAUGUAUCGACUGACUGUUGACGGCGUAGAGCACUACGUAGUCGCCAUAAGGAAUGUAUUCUCAAAUCACUUAAUGACACACAAGAAAUUCGACCUGAAAGGUUCAACGGUAGACCGAGAAGCGUCGGAUAAAGAGAAGGAGAAAGAUCUUCCUACCUACAAGGACAAUGAUUUUGUCAAGGAGGGCAUGAAGAUUUACAUCGGAGAAGAAGCCAAAGCUAAACUAAUAGAAACGUUAACCGCCGACGUAGACUUCUUAACAAGAUUACAUUUGAUGGAUUACUCUUUGCUGCUCGGUUUGCACGAUUGCGCGCGCGCUGAGCAGGAGAGCAGGGAACGUGCGGAACGAGAAGACGAUGAGGAUAAUCAUGAAGACGAGGACGACAGUGAGUCCGGUAGUGGAUUAGAGUCUCGAGGACCGUUGGUAGACCGCUUAUGGGGUUGGAGUGGCGUUGGCCACGCGGUUACCAGCAUGGCGACACCUCCCGAAUCACCGCACGCUGCGUUAAUGCGCGACACUAGUCUACAAUACGAAGAUGCGAUAAUACCAGAAUUAGAUAUUUAUGCUAUUCCUAGUAAAGAAGGUGCCCCCAUGAAGGAGAUUUAUUUUUUGGCCAUAAUAGACGUGUUGACACAUUAUGGCGUACGUAAGCAGGCGGCAAAGGCGGCCAAAACGGUCAAGUACGGUGCUAACGUCGAUGGUAUAUCCACCUGUGAUCCAGAACAAUACGGCAAGCGAUUUAUAGAAUUCAUGAGCAAAGUCAUAGAGUAAGGGUAUUAUCGAUCCUGCUGUGCGUAAAAGUGACAAAAUUACGACGAUAUUACCGCUUAUGUGUAACUAUCGGAGUGUGAUACAGUUUACCGCGAUCUGCACGAGAGAGAGAGAGAGAGAGAGAGAGUCCUGGAGAUGAUCGUCGUAAGUCUCGACUCGGUUUACUUUCUCGACAUCGGUCUCUUCUCGAUAGUGCUUUCAUUCGCGAUACGCGCGAUAUUGGAUAGAAGCGCGCGACAAACCGCUUGUUUCGCAAGUGUUUUUAAACGAGUGCGUGCUUCGCCGCAUAUUUCUGUCGCAUAACUUUGUCACAUCUUACGAGACUGGUAAACUCUUCGUUCUGUCAAUUAUAAUCUAUCGUAUACUCUAUUGUGUUUCGUUCACACUCGACCGUACUAAUCGUGAAGGAGACACUGUACGAUCGGUUUCUCGCAGUAUUCGCUUGAAAUUUCUCCGCGUUUUUUCCUAAUUGAAACAUCAUGCGUACAACGCGUGUACAUACGCAUGAUGGCAAUAGCAACAGUGAAGACUUUCGCAAAAUGAAAAAUGAUGCCUCCUCUUUUCUCUGUCCUCCCUAUUCUCUCAUUCGCAUUGCAAAUAUUUAACGGUGACAAGAGAGCAAUAACGUUCAAUCGCAUUGCAAAGAGAAUUAAUUAUGUAGGAGUAUAUGCGCAUAUUGGACAAGCAGUCUAUAAUUGCUAUCUACGGAUUGAGUUAAAACGCAGCCGCACAAUGCUUAUCUAUCUGAUAUCGAUAACUGUAACGUUUCGCGAGAAUAUUCAGCCAUUUUGGCAAGAUGACGAUGGGCAUAAGUCAUGUACGCUGCAAAAAGAUGUCUACUGAUUUGAUGUCACUAUUGCAAUAAAUCUUGGCACAACGAUUAUAGAGCUGCCCGGAAUACCAGAACCGGUUAUCGUGUAAGAUGUAAUUUCAGCUCGGGACGACGAGCGACGAACAUCCGGUUGGUAAUUCUGCGCGGCCAACUUAUACGUCACGUAUACACACGCACGUACAUGUACGCAUGCAUAUACAAGUCGCAAAUAAAUAUUACACUCCGUAGUUUGGUCCGAUUAAUAUGUGUUACAAUAAUCGCGAGUUAACGCGACACCUCGGGUAACCAGUUUAAUUACUUUGUGAGGAAUACUUAGAGGGACGUGAAAUGAUUCGUUGUACGGUGUUACGCACGAUACAUAUCUUCUCUUUUAUAUUCGUUACGUCACACGAGUCAGUAUUCGCUAAUAAUAUUACAGCUCGGAAAAAGAGGUGCGCGCUGAUUUUGCGGAGCGGUCUACUGUAAAAUUCCUGCACAACAAUAAUUCAUUUCUUGAAGAUUUCGCGCGAAUCGAUUCUCUAGCUUUGUUUUGUAUUCACGAUUUUAGCGAGAGAUGUUUGAUGAAAAAGUUGGACGAAACCGUCGAGCAAUUUAUAUCGCUGUCUAUGAAAAAUAAGAAUGUACACCGUUGCGUAAGACAAUAUCUUUAAAUACUCUAAUAAUAUACUUUUACACACGCACUACACGACACACAUAUUAUGAUUUGUUAGAGCUGAUCGUAAUAUAACACUAAUAAUUAAUAUAUUCAUCUAUGUAUAGUUUCUUGUGAUACUUGGUAUAAUUUUAUAUAUUUUAUCACUUUGUUGCUUGCUGAGACUAGCGGGUGUGAUAGACGAAAGGAGGAGGGAAAGGAAGAAGAGAUAUGCAUCGCUCUGAUAUUUGUCGCAGGAUAUUUUAUGUUUCAAAACUACAGUUGGUUUCUGUGCGACUAUUGAUCUUGUAAAGUAAUGAAUGAAAAUAACGAUUAAAGCCUGUCUCGAAAAGCGCGAUUCUUUACAUGCAACAGCGUUCUAGUAAAUAAUCACAAUCCACCGCAUCCGUUAGUAUGCAUCUUCGUGUGGCAAUGACAAGUUUUUGUUCACAUUCAAAUAAACUGAGAUUCAUUGGUA